AUGUCUUAUCAUUUUGUCUAUCCAAAUAAUGGAACUACAACAUUUGGUUAUGGUACUGAUCCAAUAUUAAUAUCAGCUGGUUAUCCAAAUAUAUAUAAUCCGAUACAAAGAUCAUAUUCACCAGAAUCAUUUUCAUCGGAUAGUGAAAGUAGUGAUGAUUAUGAAUAUGAAAGUCGAAUGAUUACACGUGAAACAAGAUGUACACAAGAUGUUGUUCGUGUAGCAACUCCACCUCCAAUUAUUAAACGUGUUGUUGAACGAGCUCCAACACCUGAACGACCUACUAUGGAAAGAGUUAUUAUUCGACCACAAGCUCAGGAAAUUGUUGAACGUGUUAUUGAACAAUCACAUACACCACCACCACGUUUUAUUCAAAAAGAAAUGCAAGAAGAUGCACCACCACCAAUUGUACGAACACGUCUUAUUAAAGUCGAUCGUCCACUUUGUAAUGGUUAUAGACAAUCAGAUUCACCAUUUAAUAAAUUACCAUCUUUUUCUAAUGGUAUUCUUAGUACUAGUAAUGGUUAUCGAUCUCAAUCGACUAUGGGUUCAAUUAGACGACCAGCUGUAAUUCAUAAUUUAGUUGAUAAUAGUCCAAGUUUUUCAUCAUCAUCAAGUUUUGAAUAUAUCUCAUCGGAACCUAUGCCAUCCAUUGUAUCAUCAUCAGCAAUGUUACUUAUGCCAGCAUCACAACAACCACAACCUUUAGGUAUUAUGCAACAACCUCAACAACAACAAAUUAUGUAUCGACCAUUUCAAAUGCAAUCAUCUUUUAUUCCUUCAAAUUAUACAUAUCCUGUACAUCAUCCUGGUAUGUCAUUUGGUUAUCGUCCAAUGAUACAACAUGGUCGAAUGAUUUCAAAUGGUAUGCCAAUGAUGACACCUAUGAAUACAUUUGCUAUACCAACAAAUACUUUUCCAAACCAAUCACCAUUAUUUAAUCCAAUGAUUCAACAAUUAGUUUAUUAA